AAAGAUAGUGCAUUAGAUUAUAGUAGAUGGCGUAAUUUUGCGUCAAGAAAACACAAUUGACAGUCAUAGGAAUCGGUAGGUUUAUCUUCGAUUUUCUUUUCGCAAAGAUGAAAUAAUUAUUAAAAAGUUGACAGGAUAAUAUUAUAACACGUGCAAUAUUUUCAUGUAUUAAGUUAUAAGUACAGUAUUAAAAUGGAUGAAGCAAAAUUUCUGAAGCGGAAAGUAAGGUCUGGUGCUUUAGAUGUGCAUCCAACAGAAAAAGCUUUAGUAGUAAAUUAUGAUGUUGAGGCAUUAAUUCUUGGAAAAUUAGGAGAUCCUAUGUUAGGAGACCGUAAAGAAUGUCAAAAAAUAAUUCGGUUAAAAAGUUUAAAUGCAGAUACAAAUGUAUCACUUUUAGCUAAAGAAGUGAUAGAAAAAUGUUCUUUGAUACAUGAAUCAAAGCUUCGUGAAGUGGAACAAUUAAUUUAUUACCUUCAAAACCGUAAAGCAAAUGAUAGUUGUACAAGUAAUGAUAAUAACUCUCAACCUUCAAGACCUGCAUCAUCAGAUUCUAUAUCCACAGAUAAUGUUGAGACAGAACAUGCUGUCAUUAGUAAUGUUGCUAACUAUAAAGAGCUAUUAUAUGAAGAAAUACCAGGGAAAAUAAAAGGUUCAUCACUGAUUUUACAGUUGGCUAGAAUACCAGAUAAUCUUCAUGAAUUGACCAAAAAUGAAUCUUUGUUAAGUGCUUUAGCCAGGGUUUUGAGAGAGGAUUGGAGACGUAGCAUAGAACUAUCUACAAACAUUGUCUAUAUUUUUUUCUGUUUUUCAACCUACAGUCAGUUUCAUAAUAUUGUUCUUGAAUACAGAAUUGGGUCUUUGUGUAUGGAUAUAAUAGAUUUUGAGUUACGCCGUUACGAUCAGUGGAAGGAAGAUAUGGAAAAACGUAGGCGUCAUUUUGAAAAUACUACUGGAUUAACAUUUUUUUCAAGUAGCAGUGAUAACUCUGAUAAGAAAACAAAAAUUGUUGAUGAUAUUUGGAAUACCGACGGACCUUUAGAUUACGAAAUUAAAAAACGAUCUAAUGAAAUUACCACUGCUGUAUCUGAAAGUGAUAUCAAAAAAUUGAAAGAAGAACUUGAAAAAAGUCGCAAAAAAUUUAAAAGUUUAACGAAAAAACAGGAACAAUUAUUACGAGUUGCUUUUUAUUUAUUGCUAAAUAUUGCUGAAAAUAUGGAGGUUGAGAGAAAGAUGCGCAAAAAAAAUGUAAUUGGUAUGCUGAUCAAAACAUUGGACAGAACAAACACUGAUUUGUUAAUACUUGUUAUUGCAUUUUUAAAAAAAUUAUCCAUAUUUCGUGAGAAUAAAGAUCUUAUGGCUGAAGAAAAUAUUAUUGAAAAAAUACCGAGGCUUCUUCAAAGUAACAAUACAGAUCUGGUUUUGAGUACUUUAAAAUUAUUGUUUAACCUUUCUUUUGAUGCAAAACUUCGAGCAAAAAUGAUAAGAGUUGGUUUAUUAUUGAAAUUAAUUAAAUUGCUUAGUCAAAGUGACAUUAAAAAUAAAACCACAAUUUUGGGUUUAUUAUAUCAUGCCAGUAUGGAUGAUAAAGUAAAAGCAAUGUUUACGAAUACCGAUUGUGUGCAGAUAGUAACAAACAUGAUAUUAAACUCUGAAGAUGACCAACCGAAAUUGGAAUUAAUAGCGCUUGGUAUAAACUUGGCAAUUAAUAGUAAGAAUGCGCAACUAAUGGUUGAAAAUAAUCGUUUACAAGGUCUUAUAAAAAAGGCAUUCAGAAAUCAAGAUCCUCUGAUAAUGAAAAUGAUUCGAAAUAUUUCUCAACAUGAUUCAACGAAAGAAAAUUUUGUUGAAUUUGUUGGUGAUUUUGCUAUGGCGUUAAAUCAGUCAGAUUCACAAGACUUUGUAUUGGAAGUCAUAGGUGUAUUAAGCAAUUUAGAAUUACCUGAUUUGGAUUAUUCACAAAUACUUCAUCGAUGCGAUUUGAUACCAUGGAUACGAAAUAAUCUUGUUCCAGGUAAAGCACCAGAUGAUCUAGUACUUGAGAUUGUAAUGUUUCUCGGUACAGCAGCUUACGAUGAAGAUUGUGCACGUUUAUUAUGCAAAGCUGACAUACUGUUAUCUCUUAUUGAGCUUCUGAAAGCAAAACAAGAAGAUGAUGAAAUGGUUUUGCAAAUAAUUUAUGUUUUUUAUCAAAUAUCGAAACACGAUUCAACAAGAGAUUAUUUAAUACGCGAGACUGGUAAUGAAGCACCUGGAUAUUUAAUAGAUCUUAUGCAUGAUAAAAAUCCAGCAAUUAGAAAAGUAUGUGAUGCUUGUUUGGAUGUUAUUGCUAUGUGUGAUAAAAAUUGGGCAGCGCGUAUAAAAGUGGAGAAGUUUAGAUCUCACAACCAGCAGUGGUUGGAAAUGGUAGAAUCCAUAACAACUGAUACCAGCAAUCAUUUGUUCCCAGAAGAAGAUGAUAGCCUUUCACCAUUCAUGAACGGUGAUCUUUUAAAACAUACAAUGUUAUUUCCUUCUGGUAAUAUAACAUCAUUCAAUACAGACGAUCGAUUUUCACUUAUGAAAAAUUCUUCAGAAUCAUCUGAAAAUCAAAGUCGUCCAGUUAGUAGGUACAAAGAUUUCGAUGAAAUAGGUGAAGUUAUGACUCGUUCCAAGUCUCGUAUGUCUGUUGGUUCGGGUAUCGAAGAUCUUUAUUACAAUUCUAAAGUUAAAUUUUCUGAAUCAGAGAGUUCACAUGUAUUAAUAUAAAAGGUAUUAUAUAUUUUGCACCAUGCAAGCAACAAAAUUGGCAUCUAUAAACAUGGUUCUAUUCCAUGUUCAUUUAUUUGCAAAAACGUUUUAAAAAGCUUUAAAAACUAUGCGUGAUACAUUGUUUUGAUCUCAUAAGUUAAUUUUGCGUAGAAACAUUGAGUUUCAACUAAUUUCUAGUCCUGUAAAUUUAUGAAAUGAUGUAGUUAAUAUGAUUUUUUCUACUCUGUAAUAUAAGCAUGUGCAAUAAUGUAA